AUGAGCUUACUUCAGGAUCAAUCAACGCCAUCGCUUUCAUCGGGACAAGCAUCGGUUACUCCGAAAAAUCCUUCUCCAACCACUACUGGUGGUAUUCAAUCUUAUUUGUUGUUAAACCAAUUUUCUCUUUCAAAAGAACAAGAACAAGAAUUAUUGUCCAUGUUUCAAAUGUAUGCCAAGGAUAAUAAGGUCUCGUUGAAAGAUUUACACAGCUUGAUUAAAUCAAAUAUUGGAGUAAAGAUUGAUAUGGAAGAGUUGAUGGAUAUGAUUCAAAUUUUUUCUCCCGAAAGCAUGGUGGAGGCUUUGAACAGUGAAAGCAAUGAACGAAAAAUUGAAAAGAUUAAAGUUGAUUUUCCUACAUUUAUUAAAUGUUUAAAUACGAGAUAUAUUGACUCUGAGAAAAUUUCAAAAGAACAAUUACAAGACCUGUACACUACAGAAAUUUAUAAUUUAUUAGAUGCAAAUAGAUCUGGCACUAUUGGACGAGCGGAACUCUCUCACUUUUUUUCAAGAGCUUUAGGUGAAAACUUGGUUGAAGAUCAAAUUAUUGACAUGCUUUCUUUGUUUAAAAAUCAAACAAUUAGUCUGGAAGAAUUCAAAACUUUUGUGAAGCAACUGAAUAAUAAAUUUUAA